GUAUCGUUUUCUAGUGAUCCCGAUUUGCAUUAUUUUGCCUCAUCGGUGGUGAAUUUAUCAUGUUCGAUCACGGAAAAAAGACCAUUAUUUCAUAACCAACAGCACCGGCAUUUGACACCUCCCAUUUUCCUUUGUUCACCGAAUGCAGCACUUUCUCUAAAAGAAAAAAAUAAAAUAAAAGUCAGCACAUCAUAUCGUCAUCGUGUUCCUCACUCAACCGCAGCGUCACUUACACCUUCAAUCACCACUAAACAUGCAAUGCUAAACAAGCAUUUAAAAAUGAAAUACUUGCCCAUCGGUGAAGGUGAAAUUAACAUGUACGAACAUGGAAAAACUUGA